AUGUCUGGGUCUCAGAACGAAACUGAGUACACAACAGAUUCCUCCGUUACCACUGAACUUUUGAGGGGAGAUAACACUCACCAGCUUGCCCUGGAAGCAUACAAAGUACGGGAACUCACCUCAUGUCUCGAAUGCAUGACUCGCGCUGAGCUCAUGGAGGUUCUCCAGACAGUAGGAGACAAUUACGUUGAAGUGCGUAAACUAGUCGAGUCUAAAGUAUCAGAAAGGCUGGACAACAAGACAACAAUGUAUCGCUGCGAAAUGAGCCCUGUAAAGGGGUUCAGGGGCUGUCUUCAAGCUGCUCGAAAAGCAAUGGACGAGGCAGAGAGUCGCGUUCGAUUCUUGCGCUUAUGGACCAGCUUGCCAGACAGUGGCAAUGAUGACUUUACGAACAUGGUUCAGCUCAUCGCCGAUCACUGUGGGGCGUUCGCGCACCCCAGAACGCGGGCUAACGGGCUUACAGUCCUGUGCGAGAUGUGCUACAUUCUCAUGGAUCUGGCUCGAGACGACUUUUGGGAGCAGGAUCGAAGCAACUACGGCUGGGAUGUCAGUCUUGAAAAUGCGCUGUUGGAGGUAGUCACCGCGAUGACACCGGCUGAGAGGCAGGCUGUGGUCCACGAUCAUGACUUGUGGUCUGCUUUGGUUUAUGUAUACCAGGAAUCAGAUCAUAGGAUAUUCCGUGCCUUUAAAGAUGUGAUAGAUGAGUUCCCGAAUAUGGACAGUUCUACUGGGGAGGAUGAUGGAGAGAACGACGAAUUACGGUCGUUGUUCGAAGAGUCUGACCAAGAUAGGGGACAGAACGAGGUCGACAUGUCGGAGGCUGAAUAG